UGUGCGCAUGCGUAUAUGACCGUAGAAACCCCAUUUUGGGUCUCAGCGCUAACUGGGAGCUAGCUGCUAGCGGUUAGCUUCGUUACUUUGGUCGGUUUCUGUUUGGUUUCCCGCGCUGAGAUUAAAGAACACGAGACUGACCCGCCUCCAGACCCGAACCCGAACCCGAACCCGAGUCUUCGUCUGAGGAUGGACGGCGGAGAGGAAGACUUCCUGUCCGGAACCCGCUCCGAUGACGGAGGCGGCACUCCGGUUCUGGAUGAGCCCCGCGGGUCAGACGGUGAGGACAUGAGGAGCGACAGACAUCCAUCUGAGGACGACGGCAGCAACGACGAAGACGCCCCGAACGCCACGGAGACCGGCGGGACGGCGAGCGGCUCCGACCACGAGGACCACAGAGGAGGAGCCGACAGCGACUCGGAGGGCGACGCUCCCGGUGGUCGCCACGGCAACAACGACAAAAGCGACUCGGAGACCGAGGCCCCUCGGCGGGUCGACAGCGACGACGGCGCCGACUCUCCGGUGAAACGCAGGAUGAGCGGAUCGGACAACGAAGAAGAGUCGCCCGUUAAACACGGAGCGUCAGAUAACGAGGAGGCGGGAAGGUCGUCUCCCGCCAAACGGAGGGGGAGCAGCUCGGACCUGGAGGAGGGGGGAGGGGGGAGGGGGGAGAGGCCCAGAGCGGCCGCAGACAGCGACUCCGAUAACCAGGACGCCAAACCGGCAGCGUCCCCCAAACGCCGGUCCAACGCAGACAGUGACUCUGAAACAGAGACGCCUGCCAGACGCAAGGCGGCACAGAUAGACUCUGAGGAAGAGGAGGAGAAACAGCAGGGGGAGGAAGAGGGGGGAGGAGGGGGAGGGAAGUGGAAGGCUGUGAUGCAGUCCGACAGCGACGAGGAGGAAGAUGAGGGGAGAAGGAAGAAGGCUGCAACCGGGAGCGACGGAGAGCAGCAGGAGGAGAAGGAGCAGAGAGACGACAGUGAAGACGACGAGAAGCCAGUGAAGAGGAAGAAGGCCAUCCUGUCCGACAGUGAGGACGAGGAGAAGGCAGAUAAACCAGCGGUGAAGAGGAGUCGAGCGGUGUCCGAUGACGACAACUCAGACAGCGACGGCGGGUUGGCGGGCGGUCCCGAUAAGAGCCUGGCGGCGAAGCUGCGAGAGCUGGGCUCGGACAGCGGGAGCGAGGAGGACGAGAGGUCGAAGGCCACGCCGGGGAAGAAGGACGAGAAGGCGCUGUUCGGCAGCGACAGCGAGUCUGGAGACGGAGAAGAAGAGGAGAAAAUGAUCGCAGACAUCUUCGGAGAGUCCGGAGACGAGGAGGAGGAGGAGUUCACGGGCUUCAACCAGGAGGACCUGGAGGGGGACAAGAAGGAGUCCAAGGGGAAGCAGGAGCAGGUGGAGGAGGAGUCCGACUCUGAUGAAGGAGUCGACCGCAGCGGCCAAGACACCAGCUUCAUGUCAGACUUCGACAUCAUGCUCGCUCGGAGGAAAGCCAUGAACAGUAAGAAGAGGCGUCACCGUGACGGAGGGACGUUCAUCAGCGACGCCGACGACGUGGUCAGCGCCAUGAUCACCAAGAUGAACGAGGCCGCGGAGGAGGACCGAACUCUCAACAGCCAGAAGAAACCGGCGCUGAAGAAACUCACUCUGCUGCCGCAAGUCGUCAUGCACCUGAAGAAACAGGACUUGAAGGAGACGUUCAUCGACAGCGGCGUGAUGUCGGCCAUUAAAGAGUGGAUCAGUCCUCUUCCGGACAAAUCGCUUCCCGCCCUCAGGAUCAGAGAGGAGCUGCUCCGGAUCCUACAGGAACUGCCCAGCGUGAGUCAGGAGACCCUGAAGCACAGCGGGAUCGGACGGUCCGUCAUGUUCCUGUACAAACAUCCUAAAGAGUCCCGAUCCAACAAAGACCUCGCCCUCAAACUCAUCAACGAGUGGUCGCGGCCGAUCUUCGGGUUGACGUCGAACUACAAGGGAAUGACGAGAGAGGAGCGUCAGCAGAGAGAUCUGGACCAGCAGAUGCCUCAGAGACGACGACUGAGUCAGCCUCCGAAGGUGGAGAGGGCGGAGGAACCUGACGUCUUCUCUCCGCCCAUCAGUUCGGGAGGUCAGACGCCUCGCAGAGACCUGGAGAAGCAACUGACCGGAGAGGAAAAAGCUCUGCGACCCGGCGACCCCGGGUUCUGCGCCAGGGCUCGGGUGCCGAUGCCCUCCAACAAGGACUACGUGGUCCGACCCAAGUGGAACGUAGAGGUGGAGUCCAACAGGGGUCCGAUGAAGAAGGGUUUGUCCCGCGUCGAUAAACAGAUGCGUAGAAUCGCCGACAUCCGCCGCCUGACGAAGCCGGGUCACGCCGUUAAAAUCAGCGUGGAAGGAAACCGGAUGCCGCUCUGAUUUUAACCUCUGUAGGAUUUAUUCUCUUUUUUGUUUUUUUUCUUUUUUGUUUUAAUGUGUUGCUCCUGAACAAGCCCCCCCCCCUCAGGUCCAGAUCUGCCUUACAGUAGGGCGGAGGUCACAUAGAGUCAGAAUGUGAAUAUCUGCUGUAAAACUGUCUGAAGUCUUUUUGGUCUUCGGCUCCAAAAUGAUCCAGAGAAUAAAAUAUACUGUUGAUGUUAGCAGGUAGCUACAUUAGCUUUAGCUCCAUCGCAAGCUAAUUAUCGAUCAUGUUUAACAUAUUGUUAGCUAGCUAGCGUGUUAGCAGUGGGUUGAUUUGGAGAUGAACUUAUGCAAGGCCACAGUUUCAGCUAAUGCCACUCGGGGUAAUGUUAGCAGCUACAUUAGAGGAUCGGUUUGGGGAUAAACUUUAUAAUAUUUGGUACAGGACCUCCUCCCGGCCCUCUGUCCUGAAUGUGAAGGUGUUUUUGUUAAUCAGCCGGUCGGACCUCCUCCUCGGUGCAGUUUGUCCCCCGUGUGCUCCCGUAGCGGCUGUACUGAAGUCUGUCUGCAGGACUCGGUUCACACACUGGUUCUGCUGGAUUCUGGUGUCGGGUCCGGUCCAGAGCCCGUCUGUCUGCACUGUUCUGGAUCAGAUGAUACUUUUCUUAAUAAAGACUCAACAGAAA